CGUCAUUUCGCCAAGCGUGCUUCGCUAUCAAUCACAUCCGCAGGCCACCUGGCUUACCGCUUACUGCUACUUCGUGCCUUUCCACACCCAUACGACCUCACAUCGCACCCUUGAGCCCUCCUGCUUUCCCUUCGGACCCGCCCACGCCCUUCCAAACGACAGAUGACCAUAUGGGCCAGCAGCCAUCCGGGAGCUGCUGCGAGCUGCUGCCCGGGCCCGCCCUGGCCCCAGCAGCCGCUCGCCGGCGGUGCUAGCAUAUCCCCACCUGGCUCCGCUGCUGUGCAGCAGUCCCCAGCGGCUGGCUUCGGCUCCCCCGCCCCCGCGUCAAACUCAGCCGUCCCCAGCAGCCCUCCUUUUGGAGCCGCGGCAGCCGUACAGCCGCCCCCUCCGGUGCCCAUUUUCGGUGGUACCACAACGUGUGCCCCUUCGUUCUGCGUUGGCGCGACAACGGGUUUCGGCGCUGCCACAGCCGCUUCAUUCAGCUUUGGUGGCGCUGCUCCCCCGUCGUCCAGCAUUGGCACGAGGAGCGAUUUGUCAGCCGGAUUUGGUGCGGCGCCUGCUCCGGUGCCCGGCUUUGGUGCCGCCAUGCCUGCUGUCCUCUCAUUCGGCUUUGGCGCCGCACCUGCUGUCCCGUCACAGCAGGGCUCUGGUGCCGCAUCCGCCCCUGCAUUCGGCUUUGGUCUUCCGCCUGCUCCAGCUAGCAGCAGCUUAGGAGCCCAACCCGCACCACCUUCAUUCGGCUUUGGUGUCGCAGCCGCCCCUUCGUCAACAAGUGCUUCCGCCUCACCUGCCUCACCUCCCGUCUUCGGUGUUGCACCUGCUGUCAAGCCGCCCGGGUUUGGGACCCCCUCCGCCCCUUCAUUCAACUUUGGCGUCUCAUCACCCCAGUCACCCGGAUUUGGUGGGUCACCCGCCCCUUCAGUUGGCUUUACCGCCUCACCUGCUCCUUCAUUCGGCUUUGGUGUUUCGCCCGCCUCAUCUCCCAGCUGUGGCGCCGCGUCCGAACCCCCGUCGCACAGCCCUAGCAACCUCACGCCGGGCCCCGCUUCCGGCCGCAAAUCCGCACUCCGAACCUCGGCCUUUACCAUGCCCGCGUCAUCAACACUGGGCUCUGAAGCCGCCGCCUCCCAACCGCCGCCAAACGCCAACGGUCGUCGUCAUGUUCGCUUUAAUGCGCCGUACAGCACUGCCCGCGUGCUGUACGAGCUAACCGAGGAUCCGCAUUCAACGCGCCGUGGCCAUGGUUUACGCUUUUUGACCUCCAUCUCUGCAUGCAGCGACUUCCAGCCUCCAGGGGUGCCAAAGUCCCAUGAAGAGAUGCGUUGGGAGGAUUACCAAUGCGGCUUGCAACAGGGCUGGUCGACACCGGACGGGGAGGUGGCUUUGCAGCGUUUCCGUGAAAAUGCAAUCCGCCGAAAGGCUUUUACCCUGCACGGAACACGCUCUUUGUCGUACAAUGUAGAGCUUCACAUGUGUGAACCGAUGUGCUUGUUCAAGUCCGUAUCCGCGCUGCCCGUCUAUCAGCAAAACGGCAUGGAUAAAUCUCACGAGGAGCUGCGAUGGGAGGAUCUCAUGAACGGGGGACAUGCGGGCUUCCGCGGCGGCUGCAGUGGAGGCAGCAGCGCCGCUGCUGCUGCUGUCCGGGGUAACGCCACUGAGGCCGGGGAAGCAACGCAUCUGUCGAGGAAACGCAGCUGUUCACGAGCAAGUCGCGAGCAUGAAGUAGCCGGGGGGCAUGUGAGCGGCGGCGGGGCUGCCAGCGGUGUUGUUGGUGCUGGUGGCGUGGGUGACGGUGUAACGGCGGCGGACUCGGCGCCGCCUGCCCUCUUCGAAGCUGGUGGCAGCGCCGGCAGCGGGCCACAUGCGAGUGGGAGUGAUGGGGGAUGCGGCGGCAGUAAUGGGCCGACUGGCGAUGGCGAUGGAAGCGACAAGACAGCAGCGGCGACGGCAGCAGCAGCGGCAGCGACAGCACCCGGCGAGGGAGCCGGCCUCGGGUGCUUGAACGUCAUGGAGCCGGACCCCAUGUUCCUGUGUCCCAUCACUUAUGACGUCAUGGUCGACCCUGUGGUCGCCACCGACGGCUACACCUACGAGCGCUCCGCCAUCACCAAGUGGCUCAAGUACAGGCGACCCAGCCCCGUGACCAGCCAGCGCAUGCCGCAAAGCGCGCUCCUCAUCCCUAACAUCGUAGUGCGUUCAGCCAUUCAGGAGUGGAAGCGGAAGACGGGUCAGUGGUGGUGAGGUGGUAACGGGCUGGCGAUGUGGCGUUAGGUGGCAAUAGCGACAAUGUCGUUGAGGCAGGCGCCGCCGCCGGAGCAGCAUCGGCAGCCGCGGCGGCGGUGAAAAACGUUGAGGGCAGGAUGGCGAAUUUGUGAGGGCGUUUGGUGUUGACGGUAUGCGGGAAAUGUUCUGUCAAACGGAUGUGGCCUUCUCCCCUCAAUACAUUUAUGAGACUCGGCAGGGGUUGGGUCCAUGGGUAACGGUUGAUAGUUGUGUUGGAAGUACGGUACUUUUCGAACAGUUCCGUACACGUACGUCGCCUUUGCGAUGGCUUAGCUUACAUGGUGUGUGGCGGUAUCGUAAUUAUUCAUAUUUGGCGGCUGUGUUACGCUCAAGGACCCGUGGGUCCCGGCUACCCAUGCUACCAAUAAUGCCCAGGAUGCGGUCUGUUUUGGACUCCUUAACUCAAAAUUUGAAGUGAAGGAGGUUAGCAAGACAUUUGUGUCGUAUUGGCACUACCAUCACUGCUUAUGUUGUUGACGGUUGGACGGCAACUGAACCCAGGUAUGCAGCCCCCUUUGCUGCUUCGCUGCCUCUUAUAUAGCAUACUUUAUUACGCGUAUUAGUCACCCAGAUCCCCACUUGUUAGUGCCCAUCUGGGUUAUUCACCGUUUUCAGAAAUCCAGUGUUUGUCGUGCUUGUAGUUCGCCACGCGUACCAUCAGAGUGUUUGGCCGGGUAGAACGCGGCGAACAUAGGUUACUGCCCCUCCUAGCGGUUAGCGGGAUACUGGCAUGCUGUAUCCUAGCUAGUGUAUGUACCUGUCCCGAGUAGCUGGCAUGGGUGAUCCAGACGCCACUUGUAUAUAGAGGUAUUGACUGUUGAGGUUUAUGUCUUGCUGCUGGCCGGCAGUCGGGCCGGUGCAACAACUAUGACCCAAGUGCCGUACGGAAAGAUCUGAC